AUGUACACCCACACACAUAUACACAAAACCCUCAGAAGCCCCUCCAGACUCUUACUGGGGAGGAAAUUUUUUCUUAUGACAAAACAAGAAAAGAAGAGAUUUCAAAUCUUAGAUGUAUCCUGUGAUCUUAUUUCAUUAAAAACUGGAUGUUAAAAGCUAACAACCAGGAAAUGCAACAUGAUUUCUUUUCAAUUUACAUUUUUGGUUCUUGCUUUAAACUUCUUAACCGUCUACAACAGGCCAGCAGGCAUCAACGUGCGUAACAUGGAGAGCUUCAUCCAAGCUGUGCAGCAGGUUGAAGACUCCAACCCUGGUCUGUCGCCCCUGGCUCUGGUUAGAGCUUUGCGGAGGACGGCUGGCCACGAUGAUCAGAUGACCAUCCAUUUCUUAGGCGCGUCGCAUAAUCUCAGUGACACAGAGGGUUUGGAGGGAUCAAUCCUAAAUGCAACAUCUUUCAGCUUUUUUGACAAAGCUAUUCACCACAUUGUGACUGACAACGGUGAGGAGCGCGGGGUGGUCCUCGCUCCGGACGGGACCACGGUUGCUCUUGCACCCCUACUGUUAGCGAUUGAAUCAGGACUGAAAGCCAAGAUGGAAGGAACCGAAGCUCUUGGGCUCUUUCCUCUGUCCCUCGGUAGGACGUUGGGCCUGUCGUUUCUAAGCCUUCAGGACAUCCCACCAUCCAUGCGUCUGGGUCCCAACGGGUGCUGGGACAAUGUGGAGCAGCCAAAGGUGUUUAAGAUAUCUCGGCCUGCCACUCUGGCCACAGAUGCUGUUAUAAAUGGUGGCAUGGAUGGACUUCUACUGGGCAUGCAUCUCAGCAAAUUGCCAGCAUCUGAGCAGCCUCAGGCCCUCAGUGAGAUCUUAAGGGGAUACUAUAAUUUCACUCUGACUGAGAAACAAGGCAUUGAUGCUGUGACAAGCUACAUUAGCCCGAAGAGAAGGCAACUUUCAAGGCAACUUCUGGAGCCACUUGAUCUUCACACUGAAGUGAUGACGACACUAACACUGGUCUGGAAGCUGGAGAAGACAGAAUGGAUUGCUCAGGACUCUGGUUUGGGAAAGGCGGUGCAGGAAGGAUUAAAAACAUUUAUGCACAGGUACCUGGAUUGCCCUCAGAUCAUCCCUCGCUGCCAGUGGGGGGCGAAAGCUUCACGGGACACACCGAUUCCACUCUCCCUCCCACUCAAGUUUCUCUAUGUUCACCAUACUUACGAGCCUUCGGCGCCUUGUUUAUCUUUCUCAAGCUGCUCCCGUAACAUGAGGUCCAUGCAGCGUUUUCACCAAGAAGAUCGUGGAUGGAAUGACAUUGGAUAUAGCUUUGUGGUCGGAUCAGAUGGUUACGUCUAUGAAGGACGGGGUUGGAGCCACGUCGGCAGACACACCAGGGGACACAAUGCCUUGGGCUACGGCGUGUCCAUCAUCGGAAACUACACGGCCGCACUGCCGUCUCGCCACGCCAUGGACCUGCUGCGGAACCACCUGGCGCUCUGCGCUGUGAAUGGAGGAGGACUGACAGGAAACUACACCAUCCAAGGCCACAGGCAGGUGGUGAACUACACCUCCUGUCCCGGAGAUGCCUUGUUUUCAGAAAUAAGAAGCUGGGAACAUUUUAGAGGAUGACACAAGAUUCCUAAAUCUAAUUUUGAUCUCUGAUGUAGUUUGAUUGAUUAAUGUGAAUUGGUUAAUUUAUCCAAAAAAGAAGCUUCAAUUAAGACCCUUGUGGUUGAUAUCAGAUUUUGUUAAACAGAUUAAUAAAGAAGUUAUGAUGCUUUUUUCCCCAGAGAAGUUUAAAGAAUACUAAAGUGACAAAUUACUUUAAUAGAGUGAUGGAGCAGAGAUGGCAAAAUGUUCCCCAAAGCAAUGUCACUUUUCAGUUGCAGAAGAAUAAAAAACAAUUUCACC